CUGCUGCUGUGCGUGCAGCUCUGCAGGGGCACCGGGGAGCUGCGACUGGUUGACGGAGGCAGCUGCUGCGCCGGCCGGGUGGAGGUGAAGCACGAGGGCCAGUGGGGCACCGUGUGCAGCUAUGACUUCGACUGGGAUGUCCGUGGGGCCUCCGUGGUCUGCAGGCAGCUGGGAUGUGGCACCGUGGCCAGGACUUCCCCAUACACCCCAUUUGGGGCAGGGGCUGGCCGGAUUUGGCUGCAACCCUUCUGCCGUGGCACCGAGACAGCGCUCCACUACUGCCCCCACUAUGGCUGGGGCCAGCACUACUGCGGACAUGACUGGGACGUGGGGGUGACAUGCUCAGAUGCUGUGGAGCUGAGGCUGGUGAAUGGAGGUGGUCCCUGUGCCGGCAGAGUGGAGGUGAAGCUGCGGGGCCAGUGGGGGACGGUGGCAGAUAACGAAUGGGACAUGGAAGAUGCCGAGGUGGUGUGUCAGCAGCUGGGCUGUGGCUCAGCCAAAAGCGCCCAUGCCUGGACCCGCUUUGGGAAAGGGUCUGGACCAAUUCAUCUGGCUGUCGUUGACUGUCGCGGGGAUGAGUCCGCCCUCUGGGAAUGUACUAUCAAGGGAUGGGAGCUGUACAAUGGAAGCCAUGGCUGGGAUGUUGGCGUGGUCUGCCAAGGGUUUGUGCAGCUGGUCGGUGGGGACAGUGCCUGCUCGGGUCGUGUGGAGGUCAGGCAGGGCCGAGGCUGGGCAACCCUCUGCAAGGCCCACGUGGACCUCAACGCUGCCCAUGUCAUCUGCAAGGAGCUGGGCUGUGGAGCCGCUCUGGCCGUCACCGGGGCAGCACACUUUGGGGCAGGAGCUGGGCCCAUCUGGGACGGGGGCUUUGAGUGUGCAGGCAACGAAUCCCUCCUGUCUGCCUGCACCCGCAGGCUGCCCCAUGGCCAGGGCUGCACGCACACCAGUGACGCUGCCAUCAUCUGCUCCCCCUACACAGGCUUCAGGCUGGUGAACGGCAGCACAGAGUGCACAGGGCGGGUGGAGCUGGAGGCACGCGGCACCUGGGGCUCCCUCUGCGACGCUGGCUGGGACGUGCCCGACGCCCAGGUGCUCUGCCACCACCUCGGCUGCGGCUUUGCCGCCUCUGUGCCCCGUGGAGGGUAUUUUGGGACAGGGAGCGGCCCGCUGUGGCAGGACACUUUUCACUGCAGCGGGACCGAGUCCCACCUGGGAGAGUGCCCUGCCAUGGCGCUGGGGACCCCCGCCUGCUCACCACGCCACGCUGCCGCAGUCAAUUGCUCAGGUGGUGCUGAACCCCUGCGGCUGGUGGACGGGGAGAGCCGCUGCGAUGGCCGCCUGGAGGUGGCCCUGGGUGGGGCCUGGGGCCGAGUCCUGGCUCAGCAGUGGGAUGCCAGCAGUGCCAGUGUGGUGUGCCGGCAGCUCCGGUGCGGCACAGUGCAGAAGGCCUACACCACCCCAGUGCUGGGGCCAGGCUCAAGCCCCCUGGUGCUGGGCGGGCUCCGGUGUGCGGGCACGGAGGCUCACCUGGCCCAGUGCAACGCCAUGCUGCACAGCACCGUGCCACCGGGCCACGUCAAGGGGGCAGCGGUUGUGUGCUCGGGGAGCCAGCAGGUGCGGCUGGCGAGCGGCCCUGGGCGCUGUGCUGGGAGAGUGGAGAUCUACGUCCAGGGGACCUGGAGUCACGUCUGCGAGGAUGCCUGGGACCUCCGGGAUGCCGCCGUCGUCUGCCGCCAGCUGGGCUGCGGAGAGGCCCUGGCAGCGCCCGGCUCGGCCCACUACGGCCGGGGCUUGGGGCCAGUGUGGCUGGGUGCCGGCGGCUGCUCCGGAGCUGAGGCAAUGCUCUGGGACUGCCCAGCCCCAGCCCCGGCCCCAGCCCUGGGGCAGCGUGGUUGCAAGCAGGGCGCCAGUGUGGCAGCCAUCUGCUCAGGUGCCCACAGGAGCCCCACAGCGGGUGCUGGGGCCAUGGCAGUGCCCACCAUCCUCUGCAUCAUCCUGGGGACCCUGCUCUGCCUGGCCCUGGGGGCUCUCGCCAUGCAGGCAUGGCGCACCAUGGCUCAGCACAGAGGCCCUGGCAGAGCUGGAGACACAAUCUCUGAGGCCGUCUAUGAGGAGCUCGACUAUACUCUGACGCCGGAUUACCAGGAGGUGCACAGUGGCUCAGACACCCCUGCCCUGUCCAAGCAUGACCCCCCGGAUGGGUACGAUGAUGCCGUGGCCAUGCAGCACCCGAGAGAGGCCGCUGCUCUGGGGCUGAGUGACGGAGAUUUCUCUGAGGCAGCGGCGCUGGCAGUGGGGAGCCGGCCCUCACUGAACCACCCGGAGCCGCCGGGAGCCACAACAGACGCCCCAGCCUCAGUGCCCAAGGACGUGGGCUACGAUGAUAGCCACAGCCUGGCCACAGAGGAAAUCGUCUGCCUGAUUGACCGCCUGCUUGGGCCUGCUGGGGACUACGGGCACUGUGGAGAACUGCCUCCAUCAUCCCUUCCAUGA